AUGACCUCGGACACGAUCGUUCAUAUAGCCACGCCGAUUGAAGAGAAAUCACCCCACGAAUUGAUAAAUCAAGAUAACAUCAUGAAGGUAGCAAUGCUGGAAGAGCAGCUGGCUGCUGUUAAUGAUAAAAUGCACCGUCGCGAGACCGUAAUAUCACAACUGGAAGAAGAGAUUCGGGCCAAGGAGGAGUUGGUCGCUGAGCAGAAGCAUUUGAUUGAAGUGUUAGAUGCUGUUCAUAACAAUGCAAAAAAUGAGGAGAAUGAAAAGGAAGAUUCGUCAUUCAUGACUGGUACAUCAUUUGAUGAGGUCUCGAUUCAAAGCGAUGCAGAAGUUACCGUCAUCGAAAAUCACCCAGAACCCAGCACCUCAAAAGCUCCCGAAGACCUUCCCCAACCAGCGCAAUGUAUUUUUGAUGAAAUGGAACGCUUAAGGGUUGCAUUAAGACGAGCCAUGAUUGAUCGCGAAAAACUCGAACUACAAAAUGAACAACUUUUGCGCCAAUGGGAGGAAGCUCUCGAAUAUGUGAGCACUGUCCAACGACAACUCCAAGAAGAGAUGCAAAGAUGCUGUAUAUUACAAGAGCAAUCAAUAGAAGGCAAGAAAAGGCAUCAAGAUAUGGUAUGCGUUUCUCGGGAUUUCGUCCAGUUUCUUGGUGUUUUUGCGGCGGUUAUGGCGCUUUGGCUCUACAUGCUA